UAUACAUAUCAUGACAGUCAUCCAUGCCAGAAAACUAGAUGCUCAUUCCAGUAGCUUAUUUUAUCCAAACUUGUUAUCCAAACCUUUCCUUGUGUCCUUUCCUAGUAUCGAAGACCAAAAUGUAUUCAGGUCUGGGGUCAAGCAUUGUCAGUGUGUUGUCUACAUGUUGUUUUUGUGUUCUCAUCACGUGAUUCCAGACAUCAAUUUCAUGCAUUUUUUGACUCAUUUGGCCUUCCAUACUAGUAAAGGAGACAAGGAAAGGAAGCGAGGAUGGAUAAAAUAAGGCUAAUUUGCCUAAUCUUCGCGGGACUUUAGACCGCGGUGGAAACGCAGACAACAGUGGGCUGAAGGAACCUUUUAGCUCUUUGAAAAGUAGUUCCUGGGACUAAAAGUUCGGGGUACUUUUGGUGGAAACGCGGCUUAAGAGACUGGAAUGAAUUCUUAGUCAUCUGUAACAACAGUUUCCUUUCUGUGACAGUAACUCGCCGUUUCCUCACUUUCAGGAACCAUGGUGAGCAGGGAGGCUGGCAAAUGCACGCUCACCAACUCGGAGUCCGACUCAGAAGCGGCGCCCUCUCUGGCCCUGGAGGAGAAGUACAGCCUGGACCCCAGCAGGCAGGUGCGCAAGCGGAACAAGGCCCUGCAGGUGCGCUUCAAGGACAUCUGCGAGGCGCAGAACGAGCAGCGGGAGGCCGCCAAGCAGGCGGGCGGGAAGGGCGCCAGGCCCGUGUCCUACAAAAUGGCGUACCGCAAGUACAUGACCGUGCCCGCUCGCCGCUCCAUCCCCAACGUCACGCGGAGCACAGGCGUGCAGACGUCCCCGGACCUUAAAACGCGCUACCAGACCUUCCCCUUCGAGCGCAAGAAGGGACACACCUUCAAGCACUCCGCCGCGGUGGAGAGCUUCCAGGGUCAGGACAACGGCUUCCCGACGGACGCGGCGGGGCCGAAGGACGCCGAGAGCCUGGGGGGCUCCGCCCGGUGCGUGGCCAAGGUCAGCCACCAGACGCGGGCGCUCUUCCACGCCAUGGACUGCGCCGACGCGGCCGAGGACCUCCCCGCCGCAAACUGCGCGGACGGGGCCGCGUGCCCGGAGUCCUCGCUGGUCAGCUGCUCCGAGGACUCCCGCCGCUUUCCCAGCACCUCGGACUCCAGCGCCGACGCCGACUUCCUGGCGUACGGCGACGGGCCCGAAGGCCGCAGGGGCCCGCUCCGGGCGGAAGGGGGCCCGGACCCCUCGACCGGACGCCAGCUCCGGACCUUCAGGGAGGCCUCGUCCAGGUCUUUGGAGGACGCGGGUUCGAAGGUGACGGAGCCCCUGGCCUGGAACUCGCUGACGCAGGUGGAGUGCCUGGACAGCCCGACGCUGCGCAGCCGGCGCAGGCAGGCCCUGGAGCUGAACGGCCUGCAGCUGCAGUCGCAGGCCCUGCUGCACGCCGGCUGCUCCGCCCAGCCACAGUGCCACCCCAGGCCUCUGGGGGCACCGGAGGACGCCGGGGCGUGUCCCGGGGGCGCGGCCGUGGCGGCCGCGGGCCAGGCCUGCAAGCAGAUAGUGGCCGUCGCUCAGGAUGGGGACCUCAAAGUGCAGCUUCAGGCGAUGGAGAACCUGAUCAGCUCCAGUCAGGAGACCAUCAAGGUCCUGCUGGGAGUCAUUCAGGAGCUGGAGAAGGGAGAGGCUCACAGAGAAGGGCUCUCCUACCGAACAGGACAGGACACGGACAACUGCGACACAUGUCGGAACAGCGCCUGCAUCAUUUACAGUGUGGAGCUGGACUUCAAGCAGCAGGAAGAUAAACUUCAGCCGCUAAUGAAGAGACUGUGCCCUACUGACGACCUGCCCUUCCCCUCCCUGCCCUACCCUCAAGAGGCGUUCACCUCCACCCCAAAACGCAAGUCCAAAACAGAGUCAAAGAAGCACGCCCGCUGGAAACUCUGGUUUCUAUGAAAGUCUGGAUUUUUUUUUUUUGGAUAUGGGGAGGAGCUCUUUCAAGAGGUACUUGAUUCCUAUUUGUCAAUCUCUCUGCCCCAGGAGAUGGAUACCAGUGACCUUGGAUACCACCACAAAGGAAAAGUUACAAACCUAUGGUUUGGUUUAAAAAAUAAAUAAAUAAAUGAAUAAAUAAAUAAAUAAAUGUUUACCAAGAAAUGGAAAAAAAAAGAUUUCAACUUUUAACUAAUUUCUGGAAGUGGGCUAUGGAAUAACACCAUGGCAAAUCAGCUCGCUGGGGAAAAAACAUUGGAUUUACUUUUUCCUUUUUUUGAAAACAACUUUUUCGGGUUAAAAAUGUUUUACACAGUGUGACAAUGCAACGGUGUCACUUUUUAUUCACUUUGGCACUUGAAUUUUUGUCUUUUUCUGCCUGCCUUUUGUCUUUUUUUUUGUCUUUUUUCCUUUUCCAAAUGACGGCCAUGGUGUGGAAUAACCUUUCUGGAAUAGAGGAAGAACCAGGGACUGUGUGGAACACAUAUUUCACUAUGAAUUACUAUAACAGCAUAUCAACAUAUAGGCAAAGCACAAACAGCUUUAUUUAACGGCUGAUUCAUAAGCGUAUAAACACAGAGUAUAAA